AUGUAUAUUUUUAUUGCAGCUUUGUUACUGAACUCUCUUCUUUUCAGCACUAACAUCUACCCAAAGCUCUUGAUUGACUUCUUAUCUGAGAAACAGAUCAUAUCAUAUCAAGCUUGCCUUUUCCAGGCAUUUAUGUUCUAUUUUUUAAGCUCUUCAGAAUUCUUAUUAUUGUCAGCUAUGGCCUAUGACAGAUACGUGUCUAUAUGUAAACCCCUAAAAUAUCAAAUCAUCAUGAGAACAACCACUGUCAGCUUUCUGCUGAUUUUUGCUUGGCUGGUACCUGCUUGUUAUGUUGUAGUGCCAAUUGCACUAAAUAUUAAUAGCAAACUAUGUAGCUUUACUUUGAAAGGAAUUUUUUGUAAUAACUCUGCCUCCAAGCUUCUCUGUGUGAGUUCAAGAGCGCUGUCUAUAUACGGUGUAAUUCUUUUGUUUAAUCUUGGACUUUUUCCUACACUUUUCAUAAUUUUUACGUACACAAAGAUAAUCAUAAUUGCUUAUCAGAGUUGUGGAGAUGUCAGAAGAAAAGCCGCACAGACCUGUUUACCUCACCUUUUCUGA